AGGACGCUCUCCAUAGGCGCCAGAAGAGUGUGGGACUGACAACUGGAUUUCAGACUCUGGCCUCCAGCUGCAGGAAGAAAGCCUCUGGCACGGGGCUGGGACAGAGGCCAGCAGAGAAGAGGCCGGGGCUGGCGAAAGGGAGCAGGGGCAAUGACACACCAGAAAGAAAAGGUGGAGGGUGGGGGCUUGGCCCCCCACUUUAAGGCAGGCGCCCCAGACCAGGAGGGCUUCUUCAACCUGCUAAGCCACGUGCAGGGCGGCCGGAUGGAGGAGCAGCGCUGCCUGCUGCGGGCAGAGCCGGGCCAGGCCUCCGAGAGCCAGACUGGCCCAGCACCCGAGAUGGACAGUCUCAUGGACAUGCUGGCCAGUACCCAGGGUCGCCGCAUGGACGACCAGCGUGUGACAGUCAGCAGCCUGCCUGGUUUCCAGCCUGUGGGCCCCAAGGAUGGAGCACAGAAACGACCUGGAACCCUCAGCCCUCAACCCCUCCUCACUCCUCAGGACCCGGCUGCUCUCAGCUUCCGCCGGAACAGCAGUCCCCAGCCCCAGACACAAGCCCCCUGAGGGCCUGAGCCGUCUUGGGUCCUGCGUGGCCCCCGAAAGCAGACAAUAAAACACU